AUGGCACCCCGACCAGAACUCAAAGCAUUGGAUCAAGAUGUCCUCAAACCACCCAAGGAUCGAACUCUGCGAUUCCGAGAAGAUGGAACAUUUCACAUUGAAGUCUUUGAGGACUUGCAUUUCGCCGAAGACGACGAAAAAGAUGAGAAGUCCAAAAAAGUGAUGUCGUAUAUUCUCUCAGAGGAGGACAUUGACUUCGUAGUCAUAAACGGCGACCUGGUAUCCGGCGAAAGAACCCAAAAAGCCGACUCGAGCAAAUACAUCGAUUCGGUCGUUUCCCCACUUGUCGAUCAGGGCUACAGAUGGGCAUCGACCUACGGCAACCAUGACAGCGCGAUUAACCUUAAUCCGAAAGAUGACAUGCUCAAGGCAGAGAAUAAAUACCCCAACAGCUUGACACAGAGUAGCAUAUCCGGCCACAAGGCUGGGAUAACGAAUUAUUAUCUGCCUGUCUUUUCACAUGGACAAGCGAAUACCAGCACACCCGCGCUACUACUGUGGUUCUUUGAUUCGAAGGAAGUAUGGGAAAGUCAUCCCUUCGCUAGCAUUCUACCACAUACCGGCCCACGCAAUGCUUGCAUAUCAACAAAAAAAGGCGUAAAUCCACGUCUGACGCCCGGCGUGAAUCGCGAGCGGGUUAAUCCGCAAGGAACUGGCCAAUGGAGCUAUGAUAACCAAGACGUCAAGUUUAUGAACGCGCUCCUUCACACAGAGGGCUUAAUCGCAGGAUUUAGCGGCCAUGACCACCAAAAUGAUUGGUGUUUUAAAUGGGACGGCUCUCUUGUGGACCACGAUCUAACCGGUAAUGGUAUCAAUAUGUGCUAUGGUCGGCAUACAGGAUAUGGCGGCUACGGUAAUCUGGUCCGCGGUGGACGGCAAAUAUUACUGCACGAGGGCAAUCUGGCAAACAAUACUGAGACGUGGAUUAGAUUGGAAGAUGGGUCGGCUCAGGCUCAUGUGACGCUGAACGCAACAUUUGGCCAGGAUACUUACCUUGCUGUUGCUAAUGGUGUUGGGAAGCACAAUACCUAUGCGCAGGGCUCUUUGCUUCACAUGACUUGGUUAUGGGUCCCGAUUAUGAUGCUCUGGCGCUGGAGGAUGUAA